AUGGGUGGUAACGCAGAAAUAGUCGACGGUUACGGCUACCUGACCGUUCAGCGCGCCCUCGACAUCGCCCGCAAUAGCGAAGGCGGCGUCGACCCCCUCAUCUCGCGCUUCCUCGAAAAAGCCAUUCUUGACCUUUGGGCACGUUUACACGCCCAACCCAACACCUACAUCCUCUCAAAAGACGAGUUCGCCCUCUUCAACUACUUCCGCGCCCGCUUUCAGUCCUCCGACAUCGCCCAACGCGCCGUGAAGCGCUUCUGGGACCACUACGAAGGCGACCCAAACUCCGUAGACCUCAGUGAUUAG